GUUGAAGUUAAUUAUAAUUAUUAAUUAAGCAUAAUGUUUUUAGCUGCUUUGUUUAGCUUAAAUGCCUUAUUGGCAUUUAUUGCAAUACUAAUUGCAUUAUAUUUUUAUUUAACCAAGAACUUUAACUAUUGGAAAGAUCGUGGUAUUCCCGGACCAAAACCAGUGGUAGUAUUAGGUACAAUGUGGGAAAUGUUUACCAAGCCAAUACAUCAAGCUAGUUUUGAUAACUACAAAAAAUAUGGAAAAAUCUAUGGGGAAUUUGGUUUCUCUACACCUGUGCUAACUAUUGCCGACCCGGAGCUCAUCAAAGAUAUAUCUAUUAAAGACUUUCAUAACUUUGUUGAUCACUCGGACAUGAAAUCUGGCGAUCCGUUGAACGACCGGUCGUUGUUUAAUCUGAUGGGAGACGAGUGGAAAGCCAUGCGAUCUGUGAUAAGUCCGACAUUUUCAUCGGGAAAGAUGCGAGCAAUGCAUCCCAUGAUCACGGAUUGUGUCCAUCGAUUGGACCAAUACUUGGAGACAAAAGCUAUAAAUGGGGAUGAAUUGGAUGUGAAGCGAGCGAUGGGUAACCUAACUAUGGAUGUGAUCGCUUCGUGUGCUUUUGGCACUCAAAUAGACGUUCAUAACGACAAUAAAACCAACGAGUUUGUGGCCAAUGCUCAACAAGUGCUUCGUGGCAAUUGGCGUCUAUGGUUUAUGUUUCUAAUGACCACAACAUUCCCAAAAUUGACGGAAAAAAUAGGCAUUUCAACAAUGAAACCAUCGGUUGAACACUUUUUCCGGUCAGCGAUUUCAUCGAUUAUCUCUAAACGGAGAUCUCAACGCAAUUCAGUCAAACACAGGGAUUAUCUGCAGCUUAUGAUUAACGCCCAGAAUAGGAGUGCAGACAAUAGUGAGGAUCAGGACAUCGAUGACCUCAACGAACACAUCUUCGGCACAACCGAUGCUUUGAAAGACCAGAAGACGGCAAAUGUGGUCAUCACUGACGACGAUAUGUUGGCCACGAGUUUCCUAUUCUUUGUGGCCGGAUAUGAGACAACUGCCACUCUAUUGUCGUUUUUGACGUAUGAGUUGUCUCUCAAAGAGAAGUGUCAGCAAAGACUAUACGAAGAGAUCAAUGCCUUCGACGGCAACUAUAGCUACGAAUCAAUCGCUCGAAUGCCGUAUUUGGAGGCCUGUAUUGCAGAGACGCUCCGACUCUAUAACCCGAUUGCGGCCACCAGUAGAAUAGCCCUCGACGACUAUAAGCUAGGCAACACUGGGUUAACUAUUCCUAAAGGAAUGAUGAUUAAUUUUGACGUUCACAGCGUACAUCACAGCCCCGAGUAUUACCCGAAUCCCGAUGUUUGGGAUCCCGAGCGGUUUUUACCCGAAAAUCGUGAUCAAUUAGUGCCCUACACUUACCUGCCUUUCGGUUUGGGUCCACGAAAUUGUGUGGGAAUGAGGUUUGCGUUAAUGGAGGCCAAGACUGCUGUCGCGCAUCUCAUCACUAAAUACCGAUUCAAACGUACGGCUAAUACAGCGGUUCCGCUAAAGUAUAAGAAGUUUGAGUUCCUCUUAACCCCCGAAGCCAUACAAAUUGGCGUUGAAAAGAGAUAAUAUAAUCAUU